UGUUCUGGACCUCAGUUCACUUGCCAACAGUCUGUAUAUAGAUUCCCUCAAACUAGGCACACAGUUGGUAACUCAUCCUUUUCUUCCUGACUCAUAGUCUUCUGAGGCAUUUUGCAGAAUAUGGUGGUACUUUAUAAGGUUUUGAGGCACAUUAGGAAUAUUUGCUUCAGUGCAGUGGUAAUAUUUAUUGAGUGUUUAUGUGUUUGGCACUGUACUAGGCAGUGAGGGGGAAAUACCAGAUGAAUAAACAGGAAAUGUUUAUCAAUAAGAAGCCCAUUGCAUUAGUUUUUUUUCCUUGAGUUUCUGAAGCCAAGUAAGGUAGAAUGAAAUAGCUGAAGGAAGUUGUGUUUGUAAUCAGUCAUGUGUAUAUCAUGAGGAGAAUUUUAUCUUGUUUUGACAUUGUCUGUGUUGAUAUUGUAGAAGAUUUUUAAAAACUAUUUUUUUUAGAAAUAUUUUAUGUUCAUGGUUAGUUUUAGUUGUUAAGUGGAAAGGAAAGGGAACUAAGAUUGGUUGGAUGCUUAUCAUGUUCCAGUUUCUUAUUUAAAAAAAAUUUUUUUAAACGUUUUAUUUAUUUUUGAGAGAGAGAGAGAGAGAGACAGAGCACGAGUGGGGAAGGGGCAGAAAGGGAGACAGAAUCCAGAGCAGGCUCCAGGCUCUGAGCUGUCAGCACAGAGCCCUACACGGGAGCCCUACACGGGGCUUGAACCCACAAACUGUGAGAUCAUGACCUGAGCCAAAGUCAGAGACUUAACCGUCUGAGCUACCCAGGCGCUCCUCCAGUUUCUUAUUUAAUGUACAGUAUUUAAUUUGAUUAUUUCCCAGUAGCCUGGAAGAUAAGUACAAAUAUCUCCAUUUUACAGAUGUAGAAACAGAGGAAUCAACUGGGUUAAGUAAAUUGCCCAGGAUCAAACAACUAGUAAAUGGAGAGGCAAAAUUUGGAUCCAUGCCAGACCUACUUCAGGGCUUUUGUUCUUUCUAGGCAUCUGUGUUGUCUCCUGGAAUAAUGGUCCUUGUGCCUCCGGAAAGGGAACCUGGGACUCUGGCAUGUCAAGGGUUGCUUUUAUUCUUUUGACCAAGAGAAAGCUAUUAUUUCCUGAAGUAUCAGAACCAAUUUUAGUGUUUAACUGGUUAGAUCCUUCCAUAGUUUGACAGAAAGGGAGAUACUCCAGUGGAUUGAUGGCCUUUGACAGUUGAUCUUUUAGCCACCUUUGAUGUUAUAAUAAAGAAGUGUUUGGGAAACUAGAGCAAUCACUCAUACUAUCUUUGACAUAAUCUUAUAAUGAUAGUAAACUUUGUGUAAAAAGUGAUUUAUCCAGAGAAAUUGUACCUAACCUUAUUUUUCAGGUAUUGUAUAUGUAUAUAUUUAGUACCCAUGGUAAUAACUACGAAUUGAUUCCAUUCAGUUUGAAAUGAUACGAUUUAAAAGAAAAUGACAAGUGACUGAAAUAAAAAUACACAACAUAUUAACAGUAUUGUAACUAGGUAACAGGUUGUUUCUUUUCACAAAACUCCCUUGUAUUCUCCAUUCUUUAAGGGUCAUGUAGCUGUGUAAAACAGGAAAUAUAGUCAUUGUCUAAGGUUCUUAAGUAAACAAGACUGAAAUAAAGUAAAACAAACUAAAAAAAAAUUACAUAAAACAGGUAUUUAAUUUCUCUAUGGUUGUGGUAUCAUUUUUCUUGGUUCUGUAGUCUUCGUCCUUUUCCACUUAUUAGUAAACAGUCGUUAGGUACAUAUCCUUCAGAGUUUUCAAAGUUGAUAUUGUACCUUCACAACUAUGAAAACAAAAAUAACUCCUGACUUGAACACAUUGAUGUUAUUUUAUGUCAUCAAAUUGCAGUUAAACAAUGUCAUCCCAUGACCAUGAGUAAUUUACACUCUGUCACCUUGUAAAUUACCCUACACACUGCUUACAUUGAGAUUUUUAUUCCUUUUGAUGUAUUAUUGGGCAUUGACAGUUACUGUAUUUAUAAAAUGUUGCAUUGUAUGGAAAUUCCAAAGCAUUGCUAACUCUUGAUAACCAAGAUAAUGAUAAGCUAAAGAGAGUCUUAAUUCUAUCUUUCAAGGGGAAUGUAUAAUUAUCUGUCUAUAACGAAACUUUGGCAAAGUUAGAGCUGAGCCAGAGUCAGAUGCUUAACAACUCAGCCACCCAGGUGCCUUGGCAAAGGUGUUUUAAAAAGUGUGUGGAAUUUCUAGCCAUUUUAUUAUCGAUAGCUAUGUAUCUGAGUUAUUUUUUAGAUAUAAGGAAGGAAUUCUAAGUUGUCAAGGAAUGUGCAUGUUCAGUGAGUUACAGUGGUGGAAUGACAAUUGGGUAACAAUUGUAUCUUGCUGAAUCAACUUACUCUAAAUCUUAAUUGCAUAUUUUAUUGUUUAGUCUCUUCCUGAUUCAAGGAGAAGUCACAAUAGGUAGAAUUUAAUAGCUAGCAUGUUCUACUUCAUAUCUUGUAGAAUGUUCUUGGCAAGUAAAGUCCACAAGAAAUAAAAAAUAAAAUGAGAAUUCUUACAGACUACAGUUUAUCUAAUCUGUUUUCCAUAAUUUGAAGUGUCUAUGUCUUGUGUAAUAAGAGAACCCUAGGUAUAGUCAAAUAUUUAACCCAUUAUAACGUAUUGUUAGUUGGAAAUGAACAGAUUUUUUUAAAUGAAUAUUUUUAAUGUAUAUUUUAUAUCCCUGUGUCUUGUAAAUGUCAUUGGUUUGCUAUUUUGACUUUUUUGAUUGUGGUCCAUAACCAAUAUCUGGUCCAUAAAAACAUCACAAAAAUACAGAUACAGUAUACACUGUGUGUGUGUGAAAGUAAAAGUUUCACAAUUAUUAACACAUGAGCUUCUCUCUCUGAUACUCUGUUCUCUUCUGUUUCAUUUGAAAAAUCUAAUCAAAAUUGAUUUCAUGAUCCAUCAGUGGGUUGGGACACAUAGUUGGGGAAAAAAAUGCCAUAUAGGAUUGAAAAGUAAAUUUUUCGCCCUAAGUAUUGGCAGCUAACUAUUCUGAAGCAGCUAGGAAAUUUGAAAGCUUUCUUACUGCACUUUAAUGGCUGGCUUCAAAAAAAAAAAAAAUCUUGCUUUCUUGAAUCCUCUCUGCUGUGUAAUCACAAAUGUUAUUUCACUUUGUUUUUCUGGAUGUGAAUAUUUAACUGAGUGACAGAAGGUGUUAAAACCAAAAAAAUCUUACUUUCUUGACUCAUCCCUGCUGCAUAAUCACAAAUGUUAUUUCACUUUGUUUUUCUGGACUUGAAUAUUUAACUGAAUGAUUAGAAGGUGUUAAACCAAGAACCAUCUGAGAUACCAAGCCCACAAAGGAAAAUUUAAUAUUGACUGAAAUACCCUUGUUAAUUGUAUACUUUUACAAUUAAGACAUUUUAGUUAAUACAAAGUAAGUUUCAAGUUAGUUUUUUAAAGGGAUGUCAUUAACCAGGACAAAACAACAACCCUUGGUAACGAAAACAUUUUAAACAUGAAAAGUCUAUGUUGUAGACAAAUAGAAUUUUAUUACUAAUAAGUAGUCAUUAUCAUAUUCGGGAGCAUUAAUAACUCAUUCAAAUCAUUUACAUUGAAUUGCUUUACAUGUUUUAUCUUUGCAUAACCAAGAAACUUGACAUUUUUUGUUGACAUAAAAUUUUACAGUUGGAUAUAUAGGUAACUUUUAGUACAGUAUAAAAAAUACUAAUACUAAGUGUCAUGAAAGGUAUAGAUAAAAUUCAGAUGACAAGUACCAUUUUCUGGCCUUAUGUGAUGGCUUAUAUUUAAACACUUGGAAAUGAUGGAGAAAGGUGUUUCACAGAAGAGAACAGAGACGUAAAGGCAGAAAAGUUGGAUACGUUCAAGAAAUAAAAAGAAGUACAGUUGAAUAGGCUUUGUUCUAGAGGUAGUUUUUAAGCAGAGGAGAGAAUUGACAUUUUUUAAUACCUAGUUGUUAUAGGAGAUAGGAUGGAUUUCAAGGGGGUGAAAUUAGGCGGAGAGAUUAAAAAAUUCAUUGAAAUAGUUUAGAGAAGAAGAAAUGAGAUUGAAUAGGAUAGUGUCUACAGAAAUAAAGAAUUUAUCCAAGAUACCAGAGGAAAAUCAACAUGAUUUGUCAACUCGUUAGAUUAAUUUAUUCAUAAGUAUUAGAUUAAUUUAUUCAUAAGUAUUAGAUUAAUUUAUUCAUAAGUAUUUAGGUAUCUGCUGUGCGAUUCUGAGAACACAACUGUGAACAAAACAAAUGCUAUUUGUCCUUACAGGGUUUUUAUUAGUCCAAUGGGAAGCCCAAACAUUUACAAAUACAGUAAUACAUAUGCUGCCAUAGAGGAAAGCUACUGUGCCCCGAGAGUGACUGCACUGGCCACUAAACUCAGAAACCUUACUGUUGUGUACGUCUUGACCAGGGAAAGUGAGUGGGGAGAAGUACGUUGCAGCUUCUCGGUGAAUAUUUGGAUGAAGCCAUUAAAUUAAUUGUUUGCCAUCAUGAGCAGAAGCAAGCGUGACAGCAAUUUUUAUAGUGUAGAGAUUGGAGAUUCUACAUUUACAGUUUUGAAACGAUAUCAGAAUUUAAAACCUAUAGGCUCAGGAGCUCAAGGAAUUGUAUGUGCAGCUUAUGAUGCCAUUCUUGAAAGAAAUGUUGCAAUCAAGAAGCUGAGCCGGCCGUUUCAGAAUCAGACUCAUGCUAAACGGGCUUACAGAGAGCUAGUUCUAAUGAAAUGUGUUAAUCACAAAAAUAUAAUUGGCCUUUUGAAUGUUUUCACACCACAGAAAUCCCUAGAAGAAUUUCAAGAUGUUUACAUAGUCAUGGAGCUCAUGGAUGCAAAUCUUUGCCAAGUGAUUCAGAUGGAACUAGAUCAUGAAAGAAUGUCCUACCUUCUCUAUCAGAUGCUAUGUGGAAUCAAGCACCUUCACUCUGCUGGAAUUAUUCAUCGGGACUUAAAGCCCAGUAAUAUAGUGGUAAAAUCAGACUGCACUUUGAAGAUUCUUGACUUUGGACUGGCCAGGACUGCAGGAACUAGUUUUAUGAUGACGCCUUACGUAGUGACUCGCUACUACAGAGCACCUGAGGUCAUCCUAGGGAUGGGCUACAAAGAAAACGUUGACAUUUGGUCAGUUGGGUGCAUCAUGGGAGAAAUGAUCAAAGGUGGUGUUUUGUUCCCAGGUACAGAUCAUAUUGAUCAGUGGAAUAAAGUUAUUGAACAGCUUGGAACACCAUGCCCUGAAUUCAUGAAGAAACUACAACCAACAGUAAGGACUUACGUUGAAAACAGACCUAAAUAUGCUGGAUAUAGCUUUGAGAAACUCUUCCCCGAUGUACUUUUCCCAGCUGACUCGGAACACAACAAACUUAAAGCCAGUCAGGCAAGGGACUUGUUAUCCAAAAUGCUGGUAAUUGAUGCAUCUAAAAGGAUCUCUGUAGAUGAAGCCCUCCAGCAUCCAUAUAUCAAUGUCUGGUAUGAUCCUUCUGAAGCAGAAGCUCCACCACCCAAGAUACCUGACAAGCAAUUAGAUGAAAGGGAACAUACAAUAGAAGAGUGGAAAGAGUUGAUAUACAAAGAAGUUAUGGACUUGGAGGAGAGAACCAAGAAUGGAGUUAUACGGGGGCAGCCCUCUCCUUUAGGUGCAGCAGUGAUCAAUGGCUCUCAGCAUCCAUCGUCAUCAUCGUCUGUCAAUGAUGUGUCUUCAAUGUCAACAGAUCCGACUUUGGCCUCAGAUACAGAUAGCAGUCUGGAAGCAUCAGCUGGACCUCUGGGCUGUUGUAGAUGACUACUUGGGCCUUGGCAGGGGGGUGGGGGGAUGGGGAGUCGUUUAGUCAUUGAUAGAACUACUUUGAAAACAAUUCAGUGGUCUUAUUUUUGAGUGAUUUUUCAAAAAUGUAGAAUUCAUUUUGUAGUAAAGUAGUUUAUUUUUUUUAAUUUCAAGUGAUGUAAUUUAAAACUUAAGUUGUGUUUUAAAACAGCAACAAAACUAUUGUAUUUUUGCUGUAAUUAACUGUAUAAUGUAAACCUAAUUAUUUUAUCAUGGUUUAAAAUUUUUGCAUAUUUGCUUUAUCUUAUGCUGCUGAUUUUUUUUUUUUUACUGAAUUUGUAAGAUUUUGUUUAUCAAAGCAACUAUUAUGUGGUGACUUGCCUAUAUCAUGAAUUAUUUAAGAUUUUUAUAGGUUUUUUUUAUUAGAAUUUUAUUUCAAAUGUUUUGUUCAUGAUGCUAUCCUUCAGGGUUAUGUGCUUAUCAAUGAAAUAACCCCAGAGGAGUGAGGGGUUGUAUUCCUCUGUAGCCAGUUGUAUUCAGGAAUAACUACUGUAAAUGAUGAACGUGUUAAAAAACCUCCAAUAUUUGCUACUUGCCAAUCUUAAUUUAAUUUCAACAAUUGGUAGGUAAUCCUACAUCCUACAUUGUUUUUUGGCAAAAGCCCCAUCAUCUAAAUGACAGAAUAACUCAGAGCAUGUCUUUGAAGAUGCUGGGCGUCUACCACCACCCUCCUAUUCCCCGCACUCCCCCACCCCACACAACAGAAGCCAAGUAAAAAGAGUAUGGUAUUUUCUGCAAAUUUGUGGCAUGCUCAAAGAUUAUGAUCACAUAAAGUCAAGAGGAUACUUCAUGAAUAAUACAUUUCAAUGCAAAUAAACAGAUGGUUCACUUCUACUAGCUAUGAGCCUGUUUUUGUAUACACUGAGUUAAUCUACUCAGGCUGUAGGUCCCAGCUGUGGUCUAGAGUCUGGUCUUUCCCUUUCCUGCAGCCUCAGGCCCUUGGACCUGGGACCUUUCUGGUUUCCUAGCAUGAUAUCAGUCAGUUGAGCACCAGUUCUCAAGGCGUUUCUGGCCAUUUGAUUCUACCUGUAGCAUAAUCUAUUUAUACUAGCUGUCAGGAGGUUCCGAAGCCUACUUCAAUUUCUGUAGGUGAUGUAUCAAAUGAGCAAUAUACCGUUCAUCUGAAAAUAGUAGCACACAGCCAUAUAUAGGAUAUCAUUUUCUAAGGACUGUUUCUUCACAUUGAGCAGAGCAGGCAUAAGUGGUGGUUAUUCAGUCUGAGUCUUUGUUUUUUUUAUACCUGAUUUUCAAUAAAACAUGCAAUGUGGAUGUUGAGUAGGGUAAGAAUGGUGCUGCUCCUGACAAGUGUAUGUUAACUGUUUACAUUUUCUAUCUGCGGAAUUAUUUCUCCACAACUGAAUUUUUCGUAAGUAAAUGUCAUUGAAGUCUCAUUUUCUCUGAAAUACAUCAUCUGUACGGCCCCAGGCACCUUUUGUUAUUUUUGGAACAAGACGGAUUUUAUAUCAUGAACUGGGAAAUGCAUACGUAAAUCAGUGACAAGGUUCUAGGCAGGAAGCCCAUGGGAAUUACUGACCAGUAAGAGCAAGAACUGGUGCAUCUCAACAUGCAGUGUCUGAAAGUUCGCUUGGCCUGUGAUUCGUGUAUUUAGUGCAAGAUGCCUUUUGAGUUACUUAUUUUAGGUUAUUGUUAAUGUGCAAUAUUCAGGAUUAAAAUACAUUAGCCUUUUUAAUAUGCUUUGAAAUAGCAAGUUUGGUUUUGAUGGUUUUAUGUCAUGAUAUCUAGCCUCUGGAGGUUGUCAGCCUUUUUAUCAGUCCCUUUUCUACUCCUACAACAUGGUGCAUUAAUUUUGUUAAGCAAAUUAGAGUUUUGAGACUGUAACACCUCUAGAGUGGCAGAAACAGGAUUGGAUUUACGAUGUUAGCAGAAAUUUGAGCAUGAGUGUGUUCUUAGUUUAUAUUAGUUUGGCAGUUAAUUAGCUUUAUUUUCCCUAGGAUAGAUUAUUACACUAUUGCACUUUAACAACUGACAUGCUUUCAGAAGUUCCCCAUAUUUUAUGUUUGAUUGCUAAUAAGCCAUCUCUGUUGAUACAGAUUUUGAUUAAGCAAGGAAAACCAGGUGUUCUUCCUGUAUCAUCUGUUGUAAAUGCCAGCUCCCCCUUGCCAGCCAGCAUGUUUCAGUUGAUUCAGAGAAAAGGAAUUCUUAUUCAUUAAUGUAGACUAAAAUACUUGGCAAACUAUAUCCUGAAAACAAAGUUUGCUUGUUAAAUGUUGUGUGCCCUACGUUUUUAAAAUGCGAUAUCUAAAUACAACUUUCCCUCAUCCCUUAAAUCUGUGAAGUUAGAGAAGUACUGAUUGUUUUUGUUUUACAGCGUCUUUGAACCUUUAAGACAUCUUAAACAUUUGUGUGUGUUUUAAGAGAAAUUACAAGUAAGAUUUCUGUCCAGCAGUACUUCCGUAAAGCCACCUUGCUUCUCUUAGAGCUUUGGUUUUUCAACUUCAUAUAUAUUUAAUAUAUCCAUCAUCUUACCGUCAAAAAAUUAUUUUGACUAAGGUUUAUUGUUCACAUUUAUAUUAUUUUAUUAUUCACCUUUACGGGAAAGAGACACUAAUUCUUUUCUCCUAGUUCUUCCUGAUUUCCUACUCUGUUACUCUCUGAUGUAUACUGACCAUUUGUAAAAUGAUUGUGUUGUUGGGAUUGCUUCGUUACAAUAUACGUGAAUAGAGCAUCUCAACUCCUUGACGCUGCUUGCCGAACAGUUCUCAUUUUGUCACACACCCUCAGCUGCUGGUGUUCCUGGUAUGCACCCUUCCAGGUCGGUAAAGGCACAGUGCUUCACCCCACACGUACUAAGAGAAAUGCCAGCCUUUAAAUGAGGAGGCCACCACACAACCCCCUUCACGGUACAGAGAAGCUUGGUGGUAUGCAAAGCAGCAGACUUGCCUGUACUUUUCAUUAUUCUGUUCCUUGUUAACCCUGCUGUUUUGUCUAAAAAGAUGAAGGUGAAGAGGACGUAAGUGUCUGAUAGUGAAAUCAGAAGAGGGCACGUGAAGCUGUUUCAGGGUUACAGAUAAGACUUGGUUUACACUGUCGGCCAGUAUGUGCUACACAUAUGAAGACUUAACUACUCAGUGUUGCCUAGGCACAAGCCUGCACCACACUUGGAGGUAAAGACAUAGUCUAUUUUCAAAAAUACUGUUGUAGUUUGUGAGUGUUGUUCAUUAGUCACACAUUAGCUGUAGAGUGAAUGCAUGAAGCCCCAUGACCCCAGUAAACUUCUCUUACCAGUAGAAAAACCAAACACCACUGUUCUGUCAUUAGCAGCCCUCUUAAAUGUUGCCUCCAUAUCCUUUACGUGUUAGCGUACAUUGUGUUUCUGUGAUCUCUCUUAGGUUUUUCCUGAAUCAGAGGAAACUACUUUUUCCUUAAUAGCAAGAAAGAUGAAAAGGUAAAGGGCAUUGAAGCAGAAAUGUAUAGUUUGGGGUACGAUUAGAAAACUCGCAAGGAAAACAAAAAUCCGAAUUAAUUUCAAACUAACUGCUCUUAGUUAAGUGCUCUUAAGGAGAGUCUAGUAAGAGUAACAAUUUCUGGCCAUUUCUAGUUUAGAUUCUCUUCGUUACUGAGACUUUUGAGAAAUCUGUGGAUUAGUUUUGCACAAUGUUCUAUUCUCACAAUAAUUUACAAAUUAAACUAGGUUUUUAUUGAACUACCUCACACUAAUUUUCUAUGCUUUCCCAAGUAAGCUAUUGCCCUUACUGUAAGCUCUUUACUGAGUGUGAAUUAUAAAUGUGUGUUAAAUACUUUAUAGCCAAUGUUGACACAAUACCAGUAAGUAUGUAAAAUAUAUACCUUGCAUCAGUAAGAGAGACUCAUGCGUAAAAUCUUUCACUGUGUAUCUUGGAAAAUUGUGUUAGAUGUGUUCGUUGGACAUUAUUAUGGUCUGUUUUUAUAAGUAGAAACCUGCUCGUGAUAUCAGUCCAUUCUUUACAUUUUACAAAAGGAAUAAAUCUUAGUAAAUUUUACGAAGAAAUAAAUUACUUUUGUAGGCCCGAUAUUUGGUAUAUUUUUGAGAAGCUCUUAAUCUUUUAGCUGAAUGAUGAAGUUAAACUGAACUAGCUGUCUACUUGGACUGUGACAUCUAUUUUCUCAUUACAGUUUAUCCUGUUCAACAGGUUUAAAACCUGAAAACCUACAUAUGAUAAUUGACAUUUGCUUUUCUCCCUAUAAUGCCAUUCCUUCUUCAUACCUGUUCCUUCCCUGUGUUCCAUUCCCUCUCCUCUCCUCUAGACAAAACAAAAUGGGGCACUUUGUAGGGAAUGCUGAGAUAAUUAUUGUGGUUUUUAAUCAUUCAUGCCCUAGUCAUUAAACAUGCACCACUGGAAUGUAAACAUUGUUACCUAGUAUGUUAAUUGGUUAUAAUAUUUUAAAUAAAAAAGAAAAAAGUGGUAUGAAAAAUAUGAAAUUAAGAGUUUUUUCAUUGAAAACGAAAUAUAAAUUUGUGCUAAAAAAGUUUUUAUGGGCAAUUUUAAGAUUCCCUGUGGAUUGGUAUUAAAGGGGUAGUAGGACUAGGGCAGCUUUCUUAGAUUUGGAUUUAUACAGAUUGUGAAGAGCCUAAAGUACCACUCUGCUUUUCUGGUUUAUCUAGUCUUGCUUUUCUUGUAUUUGAAAUCUCUGGAGAACUGUAUCUAAAAGGAAUUUUCUUCAGUGCCCUUAACCUAGUUCUCAGUAGCCAUGUAAGAGAGCAGCCAUCGCGGCCACUUGGCAAAAACAAGUUUAAUUUUAAAAGGAUCUAUUUCAAAACGAACUGGGGAUUUCGGUUUUGAGUGUGUUUUCAACUUUGCCAUGCUUCUCUUCUCUUUGCCGAACUGGGCAGGCUGCUACGUGGGUAUCAGGGUCGCCCACUGUAUACGUCCAGCCUCUGUAUGAGGUCACUCCCUCUCUUGCUCAACUCUUACUCCAGAAAACCAUCUUCUCCAUGCUUUCCCCAUUCACCUGCACUCAGACUUCCCUGCUCUGAGGAAAGGACGAGACGGGGUCGGUCUUUACCUGAUCACUGCAGCUCCAUCGGCCUACGGGGUCGCUGGCCUGGUGCAUGCGCUCUGCUCUGUCACGGUCGUUAGAUCUCCAGUGAGAGACUGGGUGGCAAAAGCAGACAUCAAAGUUUUGAGUCCAUAUAAUUUCUGCCCAGUUGUAAUACCCUGGUGACACCAAAUGAAAGGGGGUAGUUCGCCCUUAUUAGUCUAGGUACUAUGUCUGUUUUAGUAUGGUACCUUAGAAGGUCGAUUGACUUCAUGUAAAUGAACAUUGAUUUGUACUAGUUUUGUGGUUUAAAAUUUUUUUAGCUUUUAUAGCUUAAACACUGAUAUGUCUUUGGACUUCAUUUUAACUGAAACACAUCAAAUAUGCUUUUCUAAUUUUAGACUUCUAACAUAUAAUCAGUUCGCGAAUGCAUAUAUGUCUACGAUCCUAUGUUGGAAGCUGGGGGUAAGGAAAGAUAACAAAUGGGACGACGGUCUGGUCAACCUGAUUGAAAUACUGUUGUGUAGAUGGGCAAGAACCAUGCUGAAGGGACAUGGAGGGAUUGGUCAGGAAAUGAGGGUUUUGCAGAAGAGGCAUUUUUUGAGCCUUGGUAUAAGGAAUGGUAUUCCCGGGUAAGGGAAAAGCAAGGAGGCUUAAAAGUGUGUGCAUGGGCAAGGAAUGUGGAAUGGCCUGACAUGAGAGUGGGUGUGGAGAGAAUAUAAUGAGAGAAGUCUGAAAAGCUGGGGAUCAGAACUGAAACAUUUGGAGGAAUUGUCUUCAUUUUAAAGGCAGUAGGAACUUACAGUUUGUGAGAAAGAGUAAUGUGACCAGACCUUGGUUUUAGGAGGGACACUGGUAGUGGGAGCAAGCUGGUUAGACUGGAGGUGUGGAGAUUGGUGACUGGGAAGCCAAAGAUACACAGCUGAGAGCUGAGGUCAUUAUUUGCACAAUGAGAAUGGAAGAGAGAAGACUCAGGUUGCCAUUAACUACGCGAAAUAGCUGAGAUUAGCAUUUGGGGCUGAGCCCUAGUGAUUGGGCAGCACAGCAGGUGUUGUGCAGGGAAAACACGUCCAAGGUAUUUUCCAGUUUGUACAUCACAGAUUGAAGAGUCCGGGACAGAACACACAUCAGGUAUGGCAUCAGCUUGCCACUUAAAUGUUUCAGCGAGGGAGGAAAGGAAUAAUUUCUCCCUUACUGCCGGUCACCUCUCCAGUCUCUUCCAUUGUGAGGUCUGUGUCAUCUGCUUGCAUGGCUCUUACACCAAUUCCAUUAGUGUCAUUUUGUGGACAGAAGAAAAAGGGGAUUCUUGUUGGGUAUAACAUAUGUAAGACUUAGCGUUCCCUGGACAGGUGUGGGAGCAUAGUUCUGCUUAGUAAGGAUUGAGUGAGUGGUGAAGCAGCAGUAAAAGUGCUUUGGAAAAGUUGGCAGGAAAUAAAAGAAUCCU